AUGAGAUUAAAAUUAGUAUUUGCAGAUGAGCUUUUGCAGCAUUUUUAUUAGCAAACAAUCUAGAAAUCUCUACUAUUUUAUCCAAAUGCUAGCACCGAUAAAAAGACUGUCAAAGAGCUUAUGAGUUUUAUUUAUUCCUAGUUCGACUUUGCUUUCGAGGACAAAGUAAUACCUGAAAAAUUAUACUUGACCACUGAGGAUGAUUAUCUGCUCCCUCCAAACACGCUUGUCUCGGAUGCUCUUGAUGAAAAUCAAGUCAUUAAAGUCAAAUAAGUAAAUAUCAAACCUAAAAUUGAGACUAUACAAACUGAAGUUUAAACCUCAUUAUUUGGAAUCCAAAGAAAAUAGUUUAAAGAGUUAGAAGAUACUGGAGAUAUUAAAGAGAAUGUGAAGUAAAAUUUGGCAAAGGAAGGCAUAUUGAGGAAAAGAUAAAAUGUAGAAUAGACUAAAAAUAAAGAUAAAAAGAAAAAGGUGGUUGUUAAGCUAGACCAACUAUCAUCCUCCUCAUCAUCUAGUUCAUCCUCAUCCUCUUCUAGUUCUGAGUCUUCAUCAUCAUCAGAUGAUAAAAAGAAGAAGAAAAGAGUCACCAAGGCACAGACUAAAGUCGAUUAAAAUUCUGAUAAGAAAGAAAAGCAAUCAAAAUCAGGCGAGGUGAACUUAAAUACCAUGAAAGAAAAGAUAUAAAAGGAGUUUAAUAAUGCUUUUAUGAAAUCAAAAUAGCUAGAGUCUUAAUAAUAGCCUAAUGGCUAAUCUAAAAAUGUUUAGUCUGAGUAGAUUAAUGGAAAGCAAUAGCAAAUUAGUGACAUCAAAGUGACACAACCAAAUGCUAAGUUAAACAUUAAAACACCUUAUCAAUACUAAAAAGAGAAAUCUUAAAAGUUGUAAGCAUUUAAUGGAAAACUAAAUGAAGAUAUAUAAGACCCUAACCAAAUGGAGAGACCUUACAUGAACUAGUUUAAACAUCUAAUCGCAGAAAAAAGAUUUUAAGAAAUUAGGUAAACCUCUAAAACCUAAAAUUAAAAUGGAAAAUCUUAAAUUGACUAAUCUAUUCAAAGCGCAACUGAUACUACUGUGAAGACAAGAAGUUAAUAGCUAUACGAUUCUCUAUUUGAAGAUAAUGAGGACUUGGAUAAGGAUAGAAAUACAGGAAACAUAACUGAUGAAGGAUUGUACAACAAGUAUACUGAGGUAUACACUAUAGAAUCAAAAAAGUUGUUAACACAAAAUAAUUGUACAAGUGUACAGGGCAUUAUUGGUUCAUAGCUAGUGGAAAUCAGGAAUUAUAAAAACAACCCAGUUGUUAUAGAUCAGAAAUGCUUUCUGAGGCUAGACUCUACUGAGAUAAAGAAAAUAAGAGACUAAAACAUUGUUAAAGAAUUCUUUAAGGUAGGAUAAGAUGUCUGUUUCCAGAUAACAGAGCCUUGCUAGCAGACAUUUGUACCUAAAGUUUCAGAAUUAAGAUUAGGCAAAAUUUAAGUAUUAGACUUUGAGAAAGGGGACAUUCAUAUUCAAUUAAGAAAAGAUUUUAUCAUUACUGAUGAUGCUGAAGAAUUAUAACUAGUUGAAGCAUUUGGAGAAAGAUAUCAAGGAAUGGGACUCUAUACGCUUAAAUUAGAGGACAUAGUAUUAAUUUAUUGCAAAAAUUCUGAAAAAUAAGUAAAGGAACUAAGAUAGUUACAAUCGAAUAAUGAAUCAGUGUAAGUUUUGGAUACAAAAGCAAAUGAACAAUCAUCAUAGUAACCAGAAGCAAAAGUGUAAAAGGAAUUCCUCAAUAAUCAAUAAGAGAACGUCGGCAAAGCAAUCAAAAGAUAAAUAGAGUAUUACUUCAGUGAUUAAAACUACAAGAAUGAUAAAUACAUUUAGAGUAAGGUUAAAUUGAAUGAUGAAAAGUAUAUAUCUUUAAAGGAAAUAAUGAGCUUCAACAAAAUGAGAAAACUUACUAACUCUGCUGAGCAAGUAAUUAAGGCAUUAGAAGGCUCUUCAAUAGUAGAAUUUUCAGAGGACAAUAAAAUGAUUAGGAAAAAAAUGAACUGA